GAUUUAAAUUUAAAGACUGGUGUUCUUCACGUUCAAGAUGUAAUAGACAGAGAGAAGCUUUGUGAACAGAAUGUGAAGUGCUCGCUGCCUUUAGAAGCGACCAUUAACUCGCCUUUAAAUAUAUAUAGAUUUGAGGUAAACGUACUAGAUAUUAAUGAUAACUCACCCGUAUUCCGUACCACCAAGACAACGAUGAACAUUUCAGAAUCAGCAUUUCCAGGGGAACAGUUUGCUCUGCCGAACGCGUUUGACGCAGAUGUGGGCAGUAAUUCGGUAAAGAGCUACAAGCUGAGUCCAAAUGAACAUUUCUCUUUGAAUGUUCAGAGCGGAGGAGAGCAGAGUGUGUCUGCUGAGUUAGUGCUGCAGAAAGCUUUAGACCGAGAAAAACAAUCCGUGAUCCAGCUCACACUGACCGCUGUAGACGGAGGAAAACCUCCGAAAUCAGGGACAAUGCAGAUAGUCGUAAAUGUUGAGGAUGUUAAUGAUAAUAUACCCGUUUUCAGUAAAUCGUUGUAUAAAGCUCGCGUAAAUGAAAACGCGCCACACGGCACUUCAAUUAUUACAGUUCAUGCCAGUGACCCUGAUGAGGGUGUAAAUGGUCAAAUUGUCUAUGCUUUGGUUAACCACGAUAAUGAUAAAAACGUCGGUUCUUUCGCAAUAAAUCCUGAGACCGGCGAGAUUACUGUGAAAGGUGAAGUAGAUUACGAAAGGAAAAAUGCUGUUGAGCUCCGCGUGCAGGCAAAAGAUAAAGGGCAUAAACCACGAGCAGCGCUUUGUAAAGUCCUAAUUGAAAUUGUUGACAUUAAUGAUAAUGUUCCAAAAAUAUCUGUAACAUCUGUAGUUAAUACAGUUAGAGAAGAUGCUCCUAUUGAUACUAUGGUUGGAAUGAUAACCAUUACCGAUAAUGAUUUUGGUAAAAACGGUCAAGUCGAUUUAAAAAUUCAGGGCUCUGUUCCUUUUAAAGUACAGAAUUCCUACAAAAAUUAUUAUACUUUAGUUGUUAACGGUCCUCUAGACAGAGAGAGUGCGCAUGAAUAUAACGUGACAGUCACAGCUACUGAUGAAGGGACUCCGCCUCUCUCUAGUACCAGUGUCAUUACUGUACACGUGUCUGAUGUGAAUGACAACGCACCGCGCUUUCCAGAGCCCGUCAUUAAUGUUUAUGUGAAAGAGAACAGUCAGAUCGGAGCUGUCAUUUAUACAGUAUCUGCUUUAGAUCCUGAUGUAGGUGAUAAUGCCCGGAUCACAUAUUCAUUAAUUGAAAGCUCUAAAGGCAACCCGGUAACAUCAAUGAUCAACAUAAACUCUGACAAUGGAGAUAUACACAGUUUGCAGUCGUUCAACUAUGAGGAGAUAAAAACGUUUCAGUUUAAAGUUCAGGCCACAGACUCUGGUGUUCCUCCGCUCAGCAGUAACGUGACUGUCAAUGUUUUUAUUCUGGAUGAGAACGACAAUAGUCCCGGGAUUCUCGUGCCCUAUUCUGAGCACGGUUCCGUUAACACAGAGAACAUUCCCUAUUCUGCAGAGGCGGGCUACUUUGUGGCCAAGAUCAGGGCUGUAGAUGCGGACUCCGGGUACAAUGCGCUGUUGUCUUAUCACGUCUCUGAGCCCAAAGGAAACAAUCUGUUUCGAAUCGGAACCAGCAGCGGGGAGAUCAGGACUAAGAGGAGAAUGAGUGACAAUGAUUUGAAAACUCAUCCAUUGGUGAUUUUGGUUUGUGAUAACGGAGAGCCCUCACUGUCUGCGACUGUGUCUAUUGAUGUCGUGGUUGUUGAAAGCGCGAGUGACGUCAAGACUCAGUUCAGACAUGUACCACUGAAGGAGGAGAGUUUCUCGGAUUUAAAUCUGUAUUUGCUGAUCGCCAUUGUGUCUGUGUCCGUCAUCUUUUUACUGAGCCUCAUCAGUUUGGUAGCUGUGAAAUGUCACAGACAGACAGCAGUUUGGGCAGGUACAGCACCCCAAUGAUCACCACCCACCCUGACGGAAGCUGGUCGUACUCCAAAUCCACUCAACAGUAUGACGUGUGCUUUAACUCGGAUACACUUAAGAGUGACGUAGUGGUUUUCCCUGCGCCAUUUCCGCCUGCAGAUGCAGAAUUGAUCAGU